UUGUUCAACACUGGCUCACACCUCAGUGUAUCCUUUGUGCUGCUUUUUUGUUGUUAUUUCACCGUUUUCUGCAUUAUCCUUAUUCGCAUAGUUUUUGGUUGUUUUUGUGUUGUUUUAGUUAGUUCCGAACCCUGAGUUAUUUGCACGGGCGCGCACUCCCAGCAAAAAAUGCAAUCCAACAAGUGGAACUCCGCGUUGGAAGCCUGAUUACCAGGCAGUAUCUAUAACAGAAGCAAGACAAUAGAAUCUGGCACGGUCCCAAGGAGCACCCACCAGCACAAGGUUAUUCGCGACUUUUCCAGCCGCCAAAGAUGCACUGAGGCAGAAACUCAAGGAGAGGUUGUGCAUCGCUAUGCGAAGAGGCUAAAGCGGAUUUAGGCUACCCUUAUCGACUGACAUGCUGUGCUUCGACUCCGAGAGGAUGAACUGGUACUACCAUGUCCUGGCCAGGCGUCCCUACCUGGUGGUCGUCUCCAUAGCCGUGUAUUGCGUGGCCUGCAUCAUUGUGGCCCUCAUCUUGAACAAACUGCCCGACUUCAGCGAUCCCACCUUGGGCUUCGAAACGCGCGGCACCAAAAUAGGGCAACGCCUGACGGCCUGGUACAACCUGAUGCAGGAGACCGACCACCAUGGAGCGCUUUUCUCGAAUCCCUCGGAUCUGUGGGAGAAGAGGCGCGUGGAGCAGGGCUACGUGGAAUCCCGGCUGCAUCCGAAUCACAGGCGACGCAAGAACAAGCAUAGAAACCGAAACAAGAACAAGCGACGCAAGGAACAAAACCAGAGCAGCCACGAACAUCACGAUGUGGCCCAGAAGAUGAUGCAGUUCAAGAAGCGUCUGAAGGCAACAAGUGCUCCAGCCGGCAAUCUUGCUGUGGACACCUGGAUGGGUGACAGCGGCGUGUUCCGCGACUACGAGAUCACAAACGACAGCGUUUCGUCGGCCUUGGAACCCACCCGGCGCACCGAGCAGAUCGAGUAUGGGCACAACACCACCUCGGUGGAUGAGGACGAGCAUCGGGAACGGGUGCAGACCAAAAAGAGCACCUGGCGACUUCUGAAACAAGCCGCCACCCUGCCCACCGACGGUUGGGCGGACGUUCAUCGUCGCCAGCCCAUCGAAGGCUUCUUUUGCGAUUCGUCGCCACGAAAGGAGUACUCCCACUUUGUGGUUCAGCGGAUCGGGCCCAACGCCACCGACUCGUUGUUCGAUUUGAACGGCUUGCUGGCAAUGUGCCAGCUGCAAGACCAGAUAACCGAGGUGCCCAGCUACCGGGCCUUUUGCGAGCCCGAAAUGCUCACCACCGAAUGCUGCAGGCCGUGGUCGCUGCCCAACUACGCAGCCAUGCUGGCCAACAAAAGUUCCUGCUUCGACCUCAACGCAGAGGAUGUCACUUCGCUGCAGACGCUGCUCUCCGGCUGCUACGAGUACUUCCACGACCUCAAGAUGGACAACCACUGCAACGAAAUCCCGCACUGUCGUGCUCCCGAGGAGUGCAAGCGGCUCAAUAUUGUCUUUAACGUCCUUAAUUUCCUCACGGACUUUAGCUUCAUCAAGACCAAUGACACCAACGUGUACCUGAAGUACGCCAUGAUCUUCGUGCCGGUUGCGCAAUCCAAUCGCUUGCUGCCGCUGUUCCACGAAUGGGAAGAUGUGGAGCUGAGCAACGAACUUGUGGAAGUGAUAGCGAUGGAUUUGGGCCUCGAGAACGAGCUCUUCAACGAACUGCUGCUGACGGAUGUCUGGCUGGUUUCCCUCGGAGGAGCCUUCGUCAUGGCCAGCGUUUGGCUGUACACCGGAUCCGCGUUCAUCACUUUGAUGUCCUGCAUCGCCAUCUGCUUCUCGUUGGGACUAGCGUACUUCUUCUACGCCAUCGUGUUGGAGUUCGAGUUCUUCCCCUACAUGAACCUUUUGGCCGUGGUGGUCAUCAUUGGCAUUGGAGCAGACGAUGUUUUUCUAUUUCUGAAGAUCUGGCAGUGUGUGCUGUCCGAAAGGUUCAGCAAUCGAUGCACGUUGACCACUCAAUCCCAGAGUGCGCUGCCAACGCCCCUGGAGCACAGCGAUCACACGGAGUCGUUGGAGAACAUCAUGGCACUGACCAUGCGACACGCUGCUGCCUCCAUGUUCGUCACAUCGCUCACCACCGCCGGCGCCUUUUACGCCUCCUACAGCAGCUCCAUAACGGCCAUCAAGUGCUUUGGAAUCUUUGCGGGAACCGUUGUGGUGACGAAUUAUUUGGUCAUGAUUACUUGGCUGCCCGCCUCGGUGUCCAUUAUGGAACGGCUCUUUGCCACCAGGAUAUCCUGCCACCAUCCGGUGUCCCAGAAGUUGAUCCACGCCUGCAAGAAGUCAAUUAAUAGAUUUUGUCAGAUGUUCGAGGCGUGCAUAACGCACAGCAUCAUGAACUACGCCUACCUGUGGCUGCUGAUCUUCGGUGCUCUAGGCGCGUCCAGUGCCGUCAUUGUAUUCUGGUAUCCAGGACUGCAGUUGCCGGAGAAGUCGCACUUCCAGCUCUUCGUGUCGAAGCACCCGUUCGAGAUGUAUUCCAGCCUCAAACAGCAGUUCUGGUUCGAGAAGCCGUUGCAGGCGUACGAGAACUUCAAGAUGCACAUGCAUUUCGUCUGGGGCGUCCAGGCAGUGGACGAUGGCGACUACACGAACCCCAAUUCCUACGGCAACCUGCACUACGACAAUAAUUUUAAUAUAUCCAGCAGGCCGGCGCAACUCUGGAUCCUUGACUUUUGCCAGAGCGUGCGCCAGCAACCCUUUUACAAAGAGACCCUGGGCAUGCUGUUGCCCAAUUGUUUCAUUGAAAAUCUCAUCGAUUAUAUGAAGCGCAGAUGCAUCGAUGAUAUGGAUAUUACCCGGAAAGACCGUUCGCCAUGCUGCGACGCCCAGUUUCCCUUCGAACCUCACAUUUUCGAGUACUGCUUGCCACAGAGCAUAUCCAACAUGUAUGACACCACAUUUUUCCGGCCUGGCGUGGCAGGGCCCAAGUUUGCAGACGCCCCUCGACUGGAGACGGCAGAUUACCUUGGAUUGAGCGGCAACGAGAGCGGAGAGUACGGCACCAAUGGAUCAGUCACACCGCUCUUGACUAAAGCAAUAGUCAUUGAGUUCGAGUCCAAUGUGGCCUACAGUACCAUCUACGCGAAUAUCAAACAGUUCUACGAGUCUGUUGAGCAUUGGUUUCAGCAGCAGUUGACCACGGCACCCCCGGAACUGCAGGGCGGAUGGUUCACCAGCGACUUGAAAUUCUACAAUGUGCAGGACACACUUUCACACGACACCUUGGUGGCCAUCUGUCUGGCCAUGGCAGCAUCGCUUGCAGUGCUGCUGUGCUUUACAGUCAACAUACUGAUCUCCAUCUACGCCGUAUUGACCGUGUCUCUGAGCAUUUUCAACACCGUGGCCGUGCUCAUCCUGCUCGGCUGGCAACUCAAUAUUUUGGAGAGCAUUGCGGUGAGCACGGCCAUUGGACUGGCGGUGGACUUUAGCCUACACUACGGCAUCCACUAUCGGAUGUCCCCGGUCAAGGAGCGACUAGCAGCCACACAGUUUGUACUGUCCCGGAUCAUUGGACCCACGGUGAUGGCGGCCACCACGACGGGUCUCGCUGGCGGCAUCAUGAUGGCAUCCAACAUACUGCCCUACAUACAGAUCGGCGUCUUCCUGGUCGUCGUCAUGAUCGUUAGCUGGCUCUACGCCACUUUUUUCCUAAUGAGUCUGCUGUGCAUUGCCGGCCCGCAGCACGGUUUCCUGGAACUUAAGUGGCCCUUGUGGAACAAGCGGAACAGUGCCAGCAGCAAGUUCUACGAGCGGAAACCCAGCCAAGUGAUCGCCAGCGAGCAGCUGCUGACCCCCACCAGCUCGGCCAUCGUGGAGCUGGCCAAUUCCGAGACGCAUGAGCUGGAAUCGCUGAACUCCAACAGCCUGAUUAAAACGAUUUCGGGCACCGAGAGCGCCCAUGCACUGUCCUCGCUGCCGAGGGACUUCGAGCACUCGUUCCAGACGCAGCGCGAGUGCAAAUAUCAAACGUAUCCGUCUACAUCCAAUUGAGUUAGUUACUACUAUUGCCGGCCAGCGCGCGCAUUGUUGUUGCCAUGCGGAAUCAGGCAACUGCAUUUUUAUACAGGGUACGGCGGCUCUAAAGAGGCCUGCCCGAGAUCAUUUAUAUAUACAUAUACAAGCUGCGUGUCGGCAUAUUUAGUUUUAAAAUAUGCGGACCGAGGCAUAUGUACGUUGUGUGAGUUCUACAUUGAUAUACUCUAGAUAUAUAUUAUAUGUAUGUAUGUGUAAUUGUACUUGGUAGACUUAAGCGAAGCGAAAUCUUGUAAACUCUCCUUAGUGUGCUAUUUCCAAAAGACUUCAGACGGCUGCAAUAUGCUUUUAUUUUUAUGUUAUUGCACGUUUGAUGCUCCAGCCAAGUGAAUACAAUUUGUAAACUGAAGCAAUUAGCGGAAGUACUGGGUACGUCUCUGUCGGUAGGACUGUACGAUGACGGUAUUAUUAGUUUUUAGCCAAACGUUUCAACGCUGUUUACUUGUACUUGUACUGUAAUCAAAACUAUUUAUACUCUGGAUUUUUAUUAGAUGUUAAGUUGGGCCGCAUUGGCGGCGCCAGCAAGAUGUAGUUACUUUAUAUGAUAGUUAUAUGCGCAGAGAUAUGUGUUGUCUAUCCUAGUUGUAUGCGUUCAAAACAAAAACACAAAACAAACAUACACACACUCACGUUUGUAAUAACCAUGUAACUGUGAUACAGAAGGUGAGAAACUUAAAGAAAUCGAUGUUUAUACAGACAUAGUGUUAUAAUCUAAACCAUGACGUAUUGUAAUAAUUACCUGCAACUAAAAACCCUGUACUUCCUUCAUUGAACUUGUGUGUUGAAGUGAUUUAAUAAAUGUUACUUGUAAACCACUCAAAAAA